AUGCUUUAUGUUCGAUCGCGUAAAAAUGUAUCUAUCUACAUCAUAGGGUUCAUAUCUAUCUAUCUAUCUAUCUAUCUAUCUAUCUAUCUAUCUAUCUAUCUAUCUAUCUAUCUCAUACAGUUCAUAUCUAUCUAUCUAUCUAUCUAUCUAUCUAUCUAUCUAUCUCAUACAGUUCAUAUCUAUCUAUCUAUCUCAUACAGUUCAUAUUUAUCUAUCUAUCUAUCUAUCUAUCUCAUACAGUUCAUAUCUAUCUAUCUAUCUAUCUAUCUAUCUAUCUAUCUAUCUAUCUAUCUAUCUAUCUUAUAUAUCUAUCUAUCUAUCUAUCUAUCUAUCUCAUACAGUUCAUAUCUAUCUAUCUAUCUAUCUAUCUAUCUAUCUAUCUAUCUAUCUCAUACAGUUCAUAUCUAUCUAUCUAUCUCAUACAGUUCAUAUUUAUCUAUCUAUCUAUCUCAUACAGUUCAUAUCUAUCUAUCUAUCUAUCUAUCUAUCUAUCUAUCUAUCUAUCUUAUAUAUCUAUCUAUCUAUCUAUCUCAUACAGUUCAUAUCUAUCUAUCUAUCUAUCUAUCUAUCUAUCUAUCUAUCUAUCUAUCUAUCUAUCUAUCUAUCUAUCUCAUACAGUUCAUAUCUAUCUAUCUAUCUAUCUAUCUAUCUAUCUAUCUAUCUAUCUAUCUUGAUAAACGAAUAUGUAUCUAUUUGUGUUCUAUUCAUAUCUAUCUAUGGUUUAUUCAUAUCUAUUUAUCUAUCAAUGGUCUGUUGAUAUCUAUCUAUCUAUUUAAAGUCUGUUCUCUCUCUCCAUCUAUCUAUCGGUUCAUAUGGUGUGUUCAUAUCUAUCUAUCUAUCUAUCUAUGCCCUUGGUCUGUUCUUUAUCUAUCUAUUUAUGGCCUAUUCAUAACUACCUAUGUUCUAUUCAUAUCUAUCUAUGGUCUAUUCAUAUCUAUUAAUGACCUGUUGAUAUCUAUCUAUGUAAGAUCUGUUCUUUAUCAUUCUAUCUAUCUAUCUAUCUAUCUAUCUAUCUAUCUAUCUAUCUAUCUAUCUAUCUCUAACAUGCGCGGAAGCGUCCUCGAACUGCGUGCGUGUGUUGUCGCCGGGCACACCUUGGAGUACCAUAAUGGACUCGACCGGGGACUACAAGAAGAAGACGCGCGAGUCGUUUGGGGUCUUUUUUUGGGCGACAAAAGUCAUUGCGGUCGGUCGGUCGUCCGUUCGUCGGCAGCAGUCGUGGGUACCGUUUGCUCGUUUGCUGUUGUAAAGUGUUCGUUCGGAAGAGAAUGCGUUCAUUUCAGUUCCGCCAACGAUAAUCUAUCUAUCUAUCUAUCUAUCUAUCUAUCUAUCUAUGUGUGUGUGUAUGUGUGUGUGUAA